AUGGUGUUGGCCAUGGCAUCUCAGGAUGCCCAGAACUUCUUCCAGCCUUUAUCUUCCUGGCUAUCCCGAGUUUAUGAAGCUCUCCAGCAAGCAGGCGAUGCAUUAGCUGCAUCACUGGUUCUUCUAAGCAAACACGAUUCGGCAUUGAGUGACAAGCCAGACCAGGACUUAGAUGAUAUUCAGAUUCAGGAAACCUACUUUGAAGAUGAAGAGCAGGGCAAUGAUGGGAAUUCAGAGGAGGCAAACUCCCUGUUUCUUGAAGAGGACCAUUUCUCAUGCUCUAAUAGUGAUUCGCAGGACUCUGGCAGAACGUCAAGCCCCAGACUUGAUCAACAAGCCAAAGACUCAUGCUCUGUAAUACACCAGUGGCCCAAUCAGACCCCAGCUGGCCCGCAGCUGCCACAGAUGCUUUCUUCUAUUGCUGAGGAAGAACAUCACUUUGAGAGGCAGAAAUGUGGCCUUCAGCUUGGCUGUGACACCCAGGUCCCUGGCACUUUAGGAAAAGUUAAUGGAAAAAAGCAAGUUAACAGUUUUGGGGAUGACGAAGAACCAUCCACAUCUUCUGAGAGUGAUGAAGAUGUGAUCAAGCAGUUUGAGAUCUCUGUGUCCCGAUCCCAGAGUUUUCGUACGGGAGCACCCGAGAAGGGAAAGACCGCAGAGUCAGAGCCGAAAACAAAAUGCAACCGUUUGCUGUCCAUCCACCAAGAAGACAGCGCUGAAGUGUCUGCUUGUGAAGAUUUGGAGGGAACCAGCCCACUCAGUUAUUCUGGGGUUCUGUCUUAUGAAGAUCACGCCCUCUCUAGCCUGUCGCAGUCUCCCUGUGAGAGCAGAGUCACCAGGCACCAUGGCCCCUGUCAUCAAGAGACUGGCAUGGUCCAAAGCCUCAGUCAUCCUUGCGCAGAUGGCGUCCGGGAGACAGAGACAACUUUGACUAAUCGGGGUUUUGAAGAUGCCUACACCACUCCCAGCUCCUCUAUGUGGAGUGCAGAGGAGCAGGAUGGGACCAGUCUGCAGGUGCCACCCAGGCUCUUGGAGCCUAUCUCAAAGUGCGGUUACUUAGAUAUCGUCUUUGAAUAUAGCGCUGUAACCCGGAAGCUCACCGUGACCAUUGUGAGAGCACAGGGACUUCCGGGUAAGGACCGAAGUGGCGUCAACUCCUGGCAAGUUCAUGUCGUGCUGCUGCCCAGUAAGAAACAGAGGGGCAAGACGAACAUCCAGAGAGGGCCCAAUCCUGUCUUCAAGGAGAAGGUCACCUUCGCCAAGCUGGAGCCCAGGGAUGUGGCUGCCUGUGCUGUCCGAUUCCGCCUGUAUGCUGCCCGUAAGAUGACCCGGGAGAGGAUGAUGGGAGAGAAGCUGUUCUGUCUCAGCCACUUGCACCCAGAAGGGGAAAUGAAAGUGACUCUGGUUCUGGAGCCAAGAAGUAAUAUAAGCAGUGGAGAGUCUCCGCUCAGCCCAUCUGUGGUGUCUCACAGUGACAGUGCUUCAUCCACACAGUCGCUGUCUCAUGGAGGGGUGCCAGAGCUGUUGGUGGGACUGUCCUACAAUGCCACAACAGGGCGAUUAUCUGUGGAAAUGAUCAAAGGCAGCCAUUUCCGAAACCUCGCUGCUAACCGAGCUCCUGAUACAUAUGGGAAACUCUUCCUCCUCAACUGUGUGGGCCAAGAGAUGUCCCGAUGCAAGACAUCCAUUCGGCGUGGCCAACCCAAUCCUGUCUAUAAAGAGACCUUUGUCUUCCAGGUGGCCCUCUUCCAGCUCUCUGAUGUCACCUUGAUGGUUUCCAUUUACAGUAGACGCACUAUGAAGCGUAAGGAGAUGAUUGGCUGGAUCGCGCUGGGUCAGAACAGCAGUGGGGAAGAGGAGCAGGAGCAUUGGGAGGAGAUGAGGGAAAGCAAAGGCCAGCAGAUAUGCAGGUGGCAUACAUUGCUAGAAUCCUAGGUUUACCAAGGGGCAUCUGUGUGCUCCAUCAGCCUUGAUGAUCAGACACCAAGUCAGAGCAUUGUGUGGAUGUCUGGGGGGGGGGGGUUCAAAUUGAGAAUUUUACUAAUCUUAGGGCAUUCUGUGGUUUAGAACAUUAUCAAAGGUUUGGUUUUUGUUUAAAUGUUGUCACGGCCAAGUGCACAGUUUGGGAAAUGGUACUCUAGUUGAGACCGCUGGUGAUGUCAUAAUUUGUGCUAAUGGAUGAUCGUGUUUUGGUUCACACUGUGGGAUGCAACUUCUCCUGCUUUCUCUUUUUGCUUGGAGAAUAGACUGAGAUUUUAAAGGAGCUGUAAUGUUGCUGUUUUCCAUCACCGGGGUGUAUGAAUCACUCUUCUCAGUGUUCAAAAUUCCAAAAGAGAGAAAUGAAUCAGAUGCCUAGGGUUACAGGAAGAUGUAACCAAUCCACAAUCCUCUGCAUAACUACUCUUUUUAUGAAAAAAAAAAGGUCUGUUUAUUUAAAAGAUAAUUGUUAUAAAUUUGUGGUGUAAAAUAAAUUUGUAUUCAUGAAAUGCCUCUUUUUUCUCAAUUAGAUAUCAUGAUUUCUAAAAGAAUUGGGUUACACAAAUCAUCUUAAAGUUGUAAGAGUUAAAAAGUGACUGUUAUCUAACCCAUCUCCUUUUGAAUAUGUAAAAUUUCAAAAAUCAAGUUUUUUGUGCCUUUAAAAAAAAAAAACAA